GUACCCGUCCCGGGCAAGCAGCACCCGAAAACAGGGAAGGGUAUAUUUCGUGUUGGCGCUCAGAUACGCACAGAUUUUUUUUCCCUCACCACGCAUCUCUCGAAUCCCUGUUUCCAGGUACUCGUACCUCUCGGCUGGGACAAAAGUAUGUCCCGAUUGACUGAAAAAAGCUCGAGCCCCACGGCCGGUACACCCAAGGGUACCACCCUUGGGGCAGCCACCGAUAGACGGAUUGUAUGCUACACGGCCAAUGAGAUCUCGCCAGACUCAGACCGACUGACCGACAGACCGAGCCUUCCAGGUUUAUCAUGGGUACUGCAAUAUACUCGAGUACUGGCAAAUCAUAACCCCAUACCGGUACCAGCAUCGUACCGCACCAGCACCCGAGUAGCGUACGGUACUCGAGUUCGGUACCGGUACUUGUACUUGUACCGUAGCAUUCCGCGUGUACUCGUACAAUACACGAAAAAAGAAAAAGAAAAAAGAAACGCAAAACUCAAACAAAACAGCCACUCGUUCAUGCCGUCGUACCGUUUGCCAUUACAGUAUUGCAGAAAAUCGCUCUCGCUCUUUCUC